AGUGCGUCAGUCAGCGCGAGAUUUGGACGAGCAAACAUCUUACCACACUUGCUUGAGACCACUAGAUAAGAAAAACCUUCAACAGACAAACAGAAUGACGAUGAACAUCGAGCAAGACUUCAUCACUUAUUAUUUCGAAAAAGCCGAAUCCUCUGAGCUUACACUGCCAUUUUUACAAGACGUAAACGGUAAUCCCCACGGAGAGCUGGAGUGCAAAUGCCUACGAAAAGCUGGAGUCAUCAGAUGUCUUCAGUGUGGCCAUGAAUUUACAGGAAGGCGGAGGAUCCAAUGCCCUCUACACCCCAACCUUAUCCAUCUAAUGGACUUCAGAGAGUGCCCAAGGUGUAAUGCAGAACUGAGUUAAAAUAUCAUUUAUAAAUCGACUGUAAAUAGUUUAUAUAAGGGAUAAAAGGCUAAGUGUUAGCAAUAACUGAAACUUGAGGACAUGUGGCGUUUACAAGGUUGUUUCCAGUAUGCAGUUAUACACAUUUUAGGUUAACCUUUCUCAGUAUGUCUGAAUGUCCAGGGCUGGUUACAAACAUUUUUAGGUGUAGCAAAACAGGUUUUGAAUGUCUUUUUCUCUCAUUUUCUACCACUGCUACAACCAGCAAGUGGAGACACGGAUAAACAAUUCCCAUUCAUUAGUUUUAAUAAAAGUCCAAAUAAACAUGUAUAAGUAAGAGAGGGGAACUUUGAGUGCAACACAGUAGUGGUUUUCAAAAACCUGUGAAAUGCUAUUUAGGUUAUUUAGUACUAAUACACUGUAAUCUCUUUUGUUCUGGCUUGACUAUUACACUUAAACAAUAAUAUUUUAUUGCACAGGAUUGUGAAAACCACUCUCUCUCUCUCUCGAAAAUUUGGCAGAGUCGAUUUCCAGUUUUUGGUGUAUUAUAUAUAUAAAGAAAAUAGUGUUGGUUUGAGAAAAAUACAAACUACAUAGGUUUCCCUACAGGUCUGUUUCGUGGUUGCCCACUCAUCAGGGGAUAUAUAUAUAUAUAUAUAAUUAAACAAAGAACACAUUUCAACUAUAUUGUAAAGAUGUAUUGGAAUUAAAAAAAAAAGGUUGCUGUUUUA